CCUCCAGCGGCCCAGCCCCUCCGUCGCCUUCGUCGCAUCCUCCAGUCCCUCCAUCGGCGGUCGCACAGCUCACCCCCUGCACGACAGCGAAGAUGGCAGAAAUAAGUUUGGGAGUACUCAUAGAUAUUGUGGAUGAAGAGUGGAUGAGAGACACCUUGCCUGAUGAUGAUCUUCCACUGCCGCCUCUGGUUGUUCGGACUGAAGAAGCCGAGGACUCAAGAAGUAUGUGGUUUUUUGGCUAUGUUUUGUGGCUGCAAGACUGGGAACAGUGGAAAAUCCCUGCUUUGAUAUUAAUGCUUUUGUUAUACUCUUAAUGAUGACAAUUUAAGCAUGUCCCUGUCAUCUAUUGAACCUAAUUUUUCCACUUUCAAGGUGGUGCUGUUUAAUAAUUUUCUUCCUAAUACCUUCUCUUGGGUUUUCCUCAUUC